GCCACGAUGCUCCUGGACGCCGGCCCCCAGUAUCCUGCGAUCGGUGUGACCACCUUUGGCGCAUCCCGCCACCAUUCGGCGGGAGACGUGGCCGAGCGAGACGUGGGCCUGGGCAUCAACCCGUUCGCCGACGGCAUGGGCGCCUUCAAGCUCAACCCCAGUUCGCACGAGCUGGCUUCGGCCGGCCAGACGGCCUUCACGUCUCAGGCACCCGGCUAUGCGGCUGCUGCGGCCCUGGGUCAUCACCACCACCCGGGCCACGUCGGCUCCUAUUCCAGCGCAGCUUUCAAUUCUACGCGGGACUUUCUGUUUCGCAACCGGGGUUUUGGAGACGCGGCGGCGGCAGCCAGCGCGCAGCAUAGCCUCUUCGCUGCUUCAGCCGGCGGCUUCGGGGGCCCACACGGCCAUACGGACGCCGCGGGCCACCUCCUUUUUCCCGGGCUUCACGAGCAGGCGGCGGGCCACGCUUCCCCCAACGUGGUCAACGGGCAAAUGAGGCUCGGCUUCUCUGGGGACAUGUACCCGCGGCCCGAACAGUAUGGCCAGGUGACCAGCCCGCGAUCCGAGCACUAUGCCGCCCCGCAGCUGCACGGGUACGGGCCCAUGAACGUGAACAUGGCCGCGCAUCACGGCGCCGGCGCCUUCUUCCGCUAUAUGCGCCAACCCAUCAAGCAAGAGCUCAUCUGUAAGUGGAUCGAGCCAGAGCAGCUGGCCAACCCCAAAAAGUCGUGCAACAAAACUUUCAGCACCAUGCAUGAGCUGGUCACGCACGUCACUGUGGAACACGUCGGCGGCCCAGAGCAGAGUAACCACAUCUGCUUCUGGGAGGAGUGUCCACGCGAGGGCAAGCCCUUCAAAGCCAAAUACAAACUGGUCAACCACAUCCGCGUGCAUACGGGCGAAAAACCCUUCCCCUGCCCUUUCCCUGGCUGCGGCAAGGUCUUCGCGCGCUCAGAAAACCUAAAGAUCCACAAAAGGACGCACACAGGGGAGAAGCCCUUCAAGUGCGAAUUCGAGGGCUGCGACCGGCGCUUUGCUAACAGCAGCGACCGCAAGAAGCACAUGCACGUGCAUACGAGUGAUAAACCCUAUCUUUGCAAGAUGUGCGACAAGUCCUACACGCACCCCAGCUCGCUGCGCAAACACAUGAAGGUCCACGAAUCCUCCUCGCAGGGCUCCCAGCCUUCGCCCGCCGCCAGCUCGGGCUACGAGUCCUCCACGCCGCCCACCAUCGUGUCUCCCUCCACAGAGAACCCGACCACCAGCUCCCUGUCGCCCUCCUCCUCCGCGGUCCACCACACAGCCGGCCACAGCGCGCUCUCUUCCAAUUUUAACGAAUGGUACGUUUAAAAUCAGAAACAAAACACCGAACAAAACCCUAUUUAAGAGACUGAACACACAGGUAUACACAAUAUUAUUGAACGAACCCUGCGAAUCCGAAACAACCCCUCCCAGACCCCAGUAUCCUAUUUUUUUUUUUUUUUAAUCUGCCAAUAGGCCCAGGACUGAGUCAGAGAGAGGAAGUAUCAAACCUUCUUAAAAUUUCCUUCACUACAUUUUCUUUCUUUCUUUUUUUAAAAAAAAUUUAUUUGGCAAAGGCUUGCUAGCCGAGGUGCGGGAGGGGGGUCGAGGAGAAGGCGACCGCCUGACCAAAUGCUGCCAACCCCAAGGGCCAAUUUCUUGUUGGAU